ACAUGUGUACCGAAAAUCUUCAGGACGUCACUGGUGCCGGUUCAAUUUAGUGUUAGUGUUGUUACUGUGUUGCGGUUAUGAAGAGUUGUCUUUUUGACUGGGGGUUAAUCGCGUUUAAAGGUCUCUUUCGAGUUUCGAGUCUAAACCAGUCGCGUCUUGAAACGCGUUUAAUGUUAUUGAGUGGGAGUGGCGAGCUAAGCUAGUACCUUAGCUAAUGUUCAAUGUGUAGAGACUAAAGCAUCUCCUGUAAGUCUCUGUGGAUGAAGAUCGUCGUCCUCUGACACCCUGGCUCUUCCUCGUGUCAAUGGCUGUUACCUCCCCAAACAAGAGACUGAAUUCAUCCAUACAGUCCUGGAGGAGCUGGAUGUGUUUCAACAGAGAAAUGAGCACAAAAGCGUUCUACUCUUCCCUCCUGUCCCGAGCCGACUUCGCUUCCUGAUUCACCAAACCAGUGCAAAGCAUCCCAACCUCAGCACCUUCUCUGUGGGCGAGGGCUGCGCUCGCAGAGUCGUAGUGUGCUAUUCAGACCUCAGGUUGCCAGAAGAAGACCAGAUAGAUGCGAAGGGCAAAUCCAAUGAGCGAGCGCGCAGUCGGGACAGAGACAUGGAGACCAACAGCAACACACGCUCACUGGAGACCAGCUUCAACAACAGACGGAGAGCCAGACGGCCAGACAAGGCUAUUUACGUUCCGCGUGUUAUGAGAGACAAGAUAGAUCUGGAACAACCGAAUCUCAAGGAAUCAUCUGUGGAAUCCUGCUCUGCCAUUGCUAAGGAACCUCUUGUAGCCAAUCAGAAGCCAGAGGUGGACCGCACUGGCCAGUCACUGGGCGAUGAGGAGAUUGUGCAGCUUUCGAGGUCGGGCCCAUCACCGUGGCCUCCAGCCUGGGACCAGACUGUGACUUUCUUCACAUCUCUGACAUUAGAUGACGAAACAGAUGAAAAUUGUGCCAACAACACGGCCCUUCCCACUGAUGCCACACUCCAGCAGCAGGAGGUUGAUGAAAGUUUGCUCUCGGAGGUCAAAGCCAAGCUAAAACAUGGGGACAUCACCAUACUCAACACCUGCAUUGAUUUCCCCGCCUAUGCAAACAUCUGGCUGGACCCUCAGGAGUUCAGCCACGUCAUUGAGAUCUACGACUUUCCUGCCAUGUUUAAAACAGACGACCUGCUUGAUGCCUUUUCUGACUAUAGUGAAGGGGGGAUGAAGAUCAAGUGGGUGGAUAACACUCAUGCUCUCGGAGUGUUUUCAAGUCAGUCGGCAGCUACGCAGGCACUGUCCCUCAAACAUCCCAUACUGAAGACCCGCGCGCUGCUAGAGGGGAGCCAGAAAGCAAAGUGGAAAGCAACCAGGCGUGCAGAGUUCAUUCAGCCGGUGAAGGAAAGGCCGCGGACGGACACAGUGGUGGCUCGCAGGAUGGUGACCAGAGCGCUGGGGUUGAGGGGGAGACGCUUUGAAAUGAGAAACAACUUCAACUGAAUAAAUAAAGUUCCUCAUCACAGUCAGACUGAUCUUCAGUUAAAACUGUACUGGGAAAAGAACA